AUGAACAUCAAUCUUCCGGUUCGGUCCUCGCCGAGUCUGAGGAACCAGGCGAGCAGGAAUUACUUCACCAACUACACACCGCCCUCGUCGACAGAGGCUAUCAAUGGCCCGCUGCGUGAGCCCGCGAGGGAGCUUAUGCCCAUCAAUGACCGGCUUAUAGUCGGCGUCGACUUUGGCACCACGUUUUCGGGAGUUGCUGCUGUAUAUACGUCAACACCAGAUGAUAUCGAAAUCAUCAAGACGUGGCCGGGAGGAAAUGGCAUCACAUCGGACAAGGUCCCGACCGAGAUCUCGUAUGUCGUGCCGCCCAACGCGGAGCCCGGCACCAAGGCCAACGUGAAAUGGGGCUUCCAAUUCAAGCCUGAGGAGUCGCGACUACGCUGCAUCAAGCUUUUUCUCGACCGGUCGCAGAAGUUGCCCUUCUACGUCAGCCCCCAGGAGACGGCCACGCAGCUGAAGACGUUCAACAAGAAUGUCGUCGACGCCGUCAGCGACUACCUCACCGAGGUAUACAAGCACACCAUGGACACACUCACGCGCAGAUACGGCGAGUCGUUCAUGGCGUCGACGAAUGUGGAUUUUGUCCUGACCUGCCCGGCUGUGUGGUCCGACGCGGCCAAGAACACCACGUUGCAGGCUGCUGAGAGGGCGGGGAUGGGCUCCAAGUCCGACAUUCAGAUGAUCAGUGAGCCUGAAGCUGCGGCUGUCUAUACACUCAAGGCUAUUCAGCCCAAUCAUCUCAAUGUGGGCGAUAACUUUGUUGUGUGCGAUGCCGGUGGUGGUACUGUAGAUUUGAUUGCCUAUAAGAUCAUAUCACUGAAGCCUCUAAAGGUCGAAGAAUCGGCCGUUGGGACAGGCGGUCUAUGUGGAAGUGCCUUCUUGAAUUACAGGUUUGAAGAACACGUCAAAACCCGGCUGGGCGUCGGUCGCUUCGAGGAGAUGAAGACCAAAAAGGCCAAGACGUGGCAGAUGGGCCUCCGAUAUUUCGAGGAGUUUGUCAAGCGGAAUUUCAACGAGGACGAGGAGUACCAGGAAGUGAACGUGCCGUUCCCCGGACUGCCGGAUGACGAGGAAGCCCGGCUCGACUCGGGUUUCCUAGUCCUGACCGCAGCAGAGAUCAAGGACAUAUUCGAACCGGUCGUCAAGGAGGUGUGCGACCUGGUGCAGGGCCAAGUGGACUCCCUGCGCAGCAAGGGCGGCAUCGUGUCGGGCAUCGUGCUGGUCGGCGGCUUCGGCCAGAGCGAGUACCUGUACAAGCGGCUCAAGGGGCGCUUCAGCAGCGGCGCGCCGCCGCCGUACUCGGAACGCCCGACGCACGCCAUGGUCCGCGCCGUCGGCGAGAACGGGUCGAUCGAGGUCAUGCAGCCCGUGUACGCGUGGACGGCGGUCGUCCGCGGCGCCGUGCUGCGCGGGCUCGAGGGCAGCAUGGUCAUCAGUCGCAAGGCCCGCAUGCACUACGGCACCUCGUAUGCCACGGUGUACGACGAGGAGAAGCACAGUGUCAGCGAACGCUACUGGAGUCCGCUGUGGGAGCGCUGGAUGGUUAGUGAUCGUAUGCAGUGGCAUAUCGCUAAGGGCGAGGCCAUCUCGCCGCUGUCGCCCAUCGCCUUCCACUACACGCGCAACUUCCGGCCGGGGCAGUCGCUGGUGGUGACGGACGACCUGAUCGCGAGCGACGCCGACGAGCCGCCGGCGGCGUACAGCGCGCGCGAUCUGGCCCACGUGUGCACGCUGACGACGGACCUGGGCGCGGUGCCGCGCAGCCUGUUCACGCGGCUCACGACGACGCGCGGCGUCGAGUUCGACAAUCUUGACUUCACGCUCGAGAUGAUCGUCGAUAGUGCUGGUCUUGGCUUCGAGCUCAAGGUCGACGGCGUGAGGUACGGGAGGGUGGAGGCUGAGUUUCAUUGA